AUGAACAGCACAGUAAAGGCCAAGGUCGACGAGAUCACCCAGGCUUUCGAGCUCGACAAGACCCGUUUGCAGGACUUGGUGGAGCUCUUCAACGAGUCCGCCGACUACGGGCUCGCCCACACGUCCGCCGGCAGGGAGGCGAUGCCGAUGAUCCCCACGUUCGUGACGUCGAUCCCCACGGGGAAGGAGAAGGGCGUGCUUCUGGCCGCAGACUUGGGUGGCACGAACUUCAGGGUCUGCUCGGUGACGCUCAACGGCGACCACACGUUCGACUUGGUCCAGUCCAAGAGCCACAUCCCAACAGACCUGAUGACGUCAUCGUCGGAGGAGCUCUUCUCGUACUUGGCGUCCAAGAUCGGGGCCUUUGUCAGACAGCACCACAACGAGAAGUUCGACGCCGAAGCCAGCGGCGACGCCGCCGCCGCCGAGGCCGGCAAGCUGAAGUUGGGCUUCACCUUCAGCUUCCCCGUCGAGCAGACCUCGUUGGACUCGGGCACCUUGAUCAGAUGGACCAAGGGCUUCGACAUCCCGGACACAAUCGGCCAGGACGUCGUCAAGCUUCUCCAGUCCCACAUCGACAAGCAGAAAAUCCCUGUGCAUGUCGCCGCGUUGGCCAACGACACCGUCGGCACCUUGCUUGCCCGCUCCUACACGGGUGAAAACAAGGAAGGGUUGACCUCUUUGGGCUGCAUCUUCGGAACAGGUACCAACGGUGCCUACAACGAGAAGAUCGACAACAUCGUCAAGCUCCCUAAGGACGUUGUCGCGGACCUGAAGGCCAAGAACAUCACCCACAUGGUCAUCAACACCGAGUGGGGCUCCUUCGACAACGAGUUGAAGCGCUUGCCCGUCACCAAGUACGACGUCGAGGUCGACAACAUUUCCUCUAACAAGGGCUACCACAUGUUUGAGAAAAGAGUCAGCGGGAUGUUCUUGGGCGAGAUCUUGAGAAACGUGCUUCUAGACUUGCACUCCCAGGGCGUCCUCUUCACACAGUACGCAAGGAAAGAGGACUUGCCCCACAGACUAAGAACCCCGUGGCUCCUCUCCUCUGAAGGUAUGUCUUUGUUUGAGAUCGACGACUCCACCAACUUGAUUGCCACGGAGUUGGAGUUGAAAAACAUGCUUAGAUUGCCAACCACCGUCGAGGAGCGUUUGGCCAUUCAGCAGAUCACCCGGGCCAUUGCAAAAAGAGCCUCCCACCUCGCCGCCGUUCCAAUCACAGCCUUGGUCAUCAAGAUGGACGCCUUCAAGGGACACAACAUUGAGGUCGACGUCGGUGUCGACGGUUCUGUCGUCGAGUUCUACCCGGGCUUCAGAACCAUGAUGCGUGACGCCAUUGCAGACACCCAGGUCGGCGCUAAGGGUGAGAGAAGACUACACAUCAACAUUUCCAAAGACGGUUCCAGUGUUGGUGCGGCGUUAUGUGCGCUCAGUAACGACACUAUAUGA